GAGAGUGCCGUGCGCAUGCGCAGUCGCGCUCUCAGGGGCUCCCGGCGCAUGCGCGCGAACGGCCUGGUGCGGAGCUGCAGCCGGAGCCGGGACGAUGUCUCGCUACGGGCGCUAUGGAGGCGAGACCAAGGUGUACGUGGGGAACCUGGGCACCGGCGCCGGCAAGGGCGAGCUGGAGCGAGCCUUCAGCUACUACGGCCCCCUGCGCACCGUGUGGAUCGCACGGAACCCGCCGGGCUUCGCCUUCGUGGAGUUUGAAGACCCGCGAGACGCGGAAGAUGCAGUUCGAGGUUUGGAUGGAAAGGUGAUUUGUGGCUCCCGAGUGAGAGUUGAGCUGUCAACAGGCAUGCCCCGCCGCUCCCGCUAUGAUAGACCUCCCGCACGGCGACCAUUUGAUCCCAAUGACCGGUGUUACGAAUGUGGCGAGAAAGGUCAUUAUGCUUAUGACUGUCAUCGCUAUAGUCGUCGGAGGAGGAGCAGGUCACGGUCUAGAUCUCAUUCAAGGUCCAGAGGAAGAAGGUAUUCUCGGUCACGCAGCCGAAGCCGUGGUAGGAGGUCCAGGUCAGCGUCCCUUCGCAGAUCCAGAUCUGUCUCUCCUCGUAGAUCUAGAUCAGCCUCACCCCGCAGGUCCCGAUCGGGUUCUUUAAAAAGAUCAAGAUCUAGAUCCAGAUCACGAUCAAGAUCCAGGUCCGUUACAUGGCCAAGAAGCAGGUCUGGGUCCCAUGGUAGAUCUAAAUCUGGCUCACCUGCUAAAAGCCGAUCAAAGUCCAGAUCCCCCUCUCCAAAGAGAAGUCGUUCACCAUCAGGAAGCCCUCGAAGGAGGAGUGCAAGUCCUGUAAGAAUGGACUGAAAUUUCAAAGUUAACCUUCUGGGAAGAACGUUAUUUUGUUUACAUUAUUAUAAGGGAUUUGUGGUGUCUUUGAUGUAAAUGGUAAGGGCUUAGUUCUAGAAGAGUAUUUCAAUCUGAUAACAAUUGACAUGGAUCUGGAUCAUUUAAAUUCUGCAAAGUCACAUCAGUAGACUAGUGCACAACUUGUUUUGUUGUAUGUAUUAACAUCCUGUGAUCUGAAAAUGUGGGACUCUUUUAUUGCCACGUUUUUUAUUGCCUCAUUGAAAUAAAAUGUGUAUUUCUAACUAAAAACCUCCUUGUGAUGCCCUACUGCUUAACAAAAAAAAGGUGGCUACCAUUAGCCUACCCUAAACCAAUCAUAUUCUUCCCAGUUUAUUUUAAAUAGUCUCUAGUUAUGUGAACUUGUUAUUGACGUUAAAUGGAUGACAAAAUUUUAAACAGUGACUAAAAAUCCUUGAUAUCUCAGUUGCCAUAACUUCCUGUAAUACCAUUUACAUGAGCUCUCUAUUCAUUGUAAUCUUCCAAUGUAGAGAGAGUAUGAAUUUCUAAUGUCUAAAGUUUAUUUACAAAAAGUAAAGCCUUUCUUAUCACAAAGCAGAAGGGCACAAGCACAAUAUUUGCACUGCAGGUUACCUUCAAAUAACGGUUCAUGUUCCGAGAGAAAAGGUAGCUAUGUUGCUCUUUCUCUACCACAACCCAUUUAUGGUCAGUUAGUCUAACCUGAGAAAAACUGAGUGAAACUGAGAACUGUUCUGCAACACAAGUUGCAGUCCUAAAGCAGCCUGUACGCUGGUAGACAAAACCUGUUUAGAUAUUGGUAAAAUAAACUCUAUAGUGCACACAGCAAAUAUGUGGUUGAAGAGCUUAAAAUGAAUCUUAUGUGAAACUCCCUAAAGCCAUGUUGGUCUGUAGCCAGGAGUUGCAUGGGGAUCUGGCAUUUCGUGUUGAAACUGAGCCUGGCUGUCCAUAGGUCUUAUCUGAUUGGCAAAAAUAGUGUUAGACUGCCAGCUUCCUUCUUAAUAGAUAUUACAAAUCUCCAGGUUUUUUUUUUAUUCUGGACUACUUUAUUUAAUGUAGCUAGAUGUCAGUUUCAACAUUUAAAGAGAACUGUUAGGGUUUUCUAAACAUCCACUGAAUUUGAAAGAGCAGACUUGUUUGGGCUCCUAAUGAAAUGGCUAAUGGCAGAUUAAAAGUUUACAACUUGUAAAAGCAUCAAGUUAUUAAUGUAGUACCUUAAAUAGCAAAAUGACCUUUUGGACCAAAAGACAAAUUUUGGGUAACCCAUAAUUUUCAGAUAACAGACUUCUCAUUAGACUCCACUUAUGUCUGGUAGAUGUUAGAACCCUUAAGUAGUCCCCACACUCUGAAAAUGUUACACUUGGCAGCUUUAUUUCUGAAGUGUACUAGCCACUUUCCUAGUGUUGACGUCUAGUCUUGAUUUUUCUGGUGUUUGAUUUCCAUACGUUCAGUGCAUUGCUGCCUAGCAACAGAAGCAUCCACUCCCAGUACUAAUUAUGCUGUGAUUAAUAUUCUGCUAAUAUCCAUAAAACAAGACUGCAAAAUGGGGAGCAGGAAAUGACAACAUUGUAUGAUUCUCCUGGAAUAAUUCAGCAAAUAUACCCAGAAGCCAUUGCUUAGGAUGACAUUCAUCAGUAUAGACUGUCCAUUGUCUGGCAGUUUUACAGUGUAACUAGUAAAAGUGCCACAUGGAAUGAUGCUAUUGCAUUUAAUGAGCUCUUUCUCUUCUGUACUGUUAAGACAAACCUACUCCACAAUAAACAUGCAAACUCUACAAUU